CACGAACCAUUGACGCCGAAGGUCGACAUAACUUUCUUCCGCCAGAGCGAUCUUUAAGGCUAUUGUCUAGUCAUUUUAAAUACACUACAAGGUGAGUGUGAAAAAAAGGACGAGUAGCAAAAUUUUCUUGCUGGUGGUCAUUAGCUUUUCAGAAUUUGUCUUACUUCUAUUUUCGUAAUAUGAACGCGAGUUUUUUGUUUUUACAACAAAUUUCUUGAGAAUCUUUAGAUUGAAGAGAGCGGUAGCUGCCGCUGCCGUCAUUUUUGAAAUUCGGGGAUCAUACUUUCCCCUUCACAUGUAGUGUCGACUGCUAUCUCAUUAUUCUCUUCUCCCAUCGAAUCGUAUCUCGUUCCCACCGUCUUCUAAUCUUCGUUGUGCAGUGUGUUUGCGAAGAUCACUUGUGACGCGAUGAACCAAAGUUGGGACAUUUCGAUGCGGUUAGUUGCGGACUAGCAGCGUUUUUAGGUGCUAUGGAGGCGCCAUAAUUUUUCCUCACUCACUUCCUUGGUGUACCACUUCGCGAUUACACCGGUGAUGCGUGCACUUCUCCUGCCAUAACCAAGAGUGCACCUGUCGCAGCUGGCCUUGAUUGCCAUUUUGACGUCUCUGAAGCUACCGAUGAACAGCAACACGAUCCAAGAAUCCUUCCUCGCGAAAUUCUUUCAGUACUCAUAUUAACUCCUUCUGCUUCUAUUCUUGGUAAAGACAACCCAAUCUACUUUCGCAGUCAGUGCAAAUAGAUUCAGACAAUGUAUGCCAAGUACGUACGGAUGUACACCCUCGUCUAUUCGAGUUUUGUCGCUCAUUUUAGAUCUUCAAAAAGUCUAAAUCCGUUAGAGGUUCGAUGUACAUGAAAUUGCGUGAAAACUCUGCCAAGAAAAUCUAAAAGAACAACCCAGGACGGCGUCGAGUUCUUGUUGAACUGGCAGGACCAAUCUUCUACUCCAAAUACACCACUCCCAAUACUAGGCACCAAGAGUCGCCGUUGAUCGGCGUAUCGAAUUUCGCUUCGAAUGGUGUUGUCCCAGACCCGUCUCAGCCCUUUGCCCGUGACGGUUCAGACAGCAUAUCUCCGAACCUUGGUUACGGCCUAAUUUUCCGGUGGCCGUCCUUCACGCACGAGCUUGCCUUCGGACGCAGUAUUCGGUCUUUGGCUACCUACCUGUUUGGACAGUUAUGGCAACCUGUUUCUUAGUUGAACGUGGUACAAGAACUACGCAGUAGUAGAAGGUACAACAAAAACUCCUGCUGACGGCACUAAAAAUACAAAACUCAAUCUUUUCUACUCAUCUUUUUUAGUACAAUGAAAAACAAGCUAAAAAAGUACGUGAAUAUAGAAGGUCAAGUUUCUAAGACCUGGCCUCGUUCCCCCAAAGAAGGCGCCGCCAAGUAUCGGGAGUACCGGAGAAGACCCAUCAUCCGGAGGACCAGACAAUCUCGCGGCCGUCUCGCAGCUGCCAGUGCUUGAUGAUGUCACGACGCCAGACCCCGUGGAUGUUCGCAGAGAUGCGGUUUGUGAGUACUACUUAUUUCUUCUUUCUGUAAAAUAAAUGGGUAAGUGCGUAUUUUAUUUUGAAUAUGACGAGAAUGUUCAUGUUGUGCUGCGAUUUUAGAAAAUUUAGAUUUUUACUGUGUCUGUGUCAAUAAGUGGGAGGUCCUCCCUUUCACCAUAGUAUACGCUAGAUGAAGAUGAAUUCUCUUUCCGAGGAGCCACAUUGUUGAUUUUGAUUCCCACCUCAGGUGUCACCAGGAUCCAACGGUACAGCUAUCGGAGUUGCUGACUGAUGAAAUAGCCCGUGAAGACAAGCGGCUGUUGAAAGCUAGGGACCCUAAGACUCGGCAAGGGCCUCAGUAUUCGACCUAUCUCUGUCACCUUCUCUACGCGCUGGCCUUCGCAGUGAACCCGCACCAACGAGCACCGCCACAGUAUUCUUCAAAAAAAGAAAUGCAACCAGAUGAUCUUUCUGUUUAAGAAAAUCAGGUCCUUGACUAAUCUUAUGUUUUGUUCAGCAUCGUCUUCUUGUUAAGAACAUCAACUCCAACUCCAGAUAAAAUCCGUGGUGCCGCGUUGUUCCAGCUGA